AAGUCACGUAUUUUUUCAAUUCACUUCUAACGUGCAGAAGUGUCUAACGGGGUCGGUGAACAUAACAAAAAGGAUUUAAUUUUCUUUAAUCAUGGGUAGACACUUCCUUUUGGGAUUGUCUAUAGCUUUCCUAGCCGUUUUAGGAUAUGCGCAGUGUUCAAAAUUUGGAUCAGUUGAUUUAGAUCCUACACCAUUCAAAAGUGAUAUUGCUUUUGCAUUUUAUAAAAGAGCGCACGAAUUAUUCGUUUCGAAUUCAUCACGGAUAAGUAGUGGUGAUGAGCUUGCAAUAGGUGAUCUCUGCAGAAGUCAUUUGGAUAAAAUUUAUACUGGAAUUAAGGACUACCAGGAAUGGGCGUUGGAAUGGCCCGACUCAUGGGGCCGAAUGCCAAUGGGUCUAUUUUGGGGACACUCCAUCAGUAUGGGUGCAUUCGAAGAAUGCAUAGCUGCUUCCAGAAAAAUCUCUGAAACUGAUACCAUUCGAGGAAAAUAUUGUCUAACCCAAGUGCCAAUCAAGCAUUUCUUUUCUCAAGUUAAACCUCGCAAUGAUGUAGUUCAAGCUCGUAUUAGUUACAAACAAAAAGAUCCAGAAAAUUUCGAAUUGGGUAUUUGCAUUCCAAAGACUUGUACUGCAGCUGAUGUAAAUAUAGUUUUUAAAUAUGUUAUUGAAACAUACACUCAAGAAACUGUGGUCAAGCCAAUGGCUAGUGAUGAGUUUUGCAAAGCUGAUGAUCCAAUUGAGCUUCGUGGAAUUGAUAUAUUUGCCAUAAUCUUUAUUUGUUGCAUUGUUCUAAUAAUGAUUGUUAGCAGUAUUUACGACGCUGUUCAACAGAAGAAAGGACAUCAAGGACGUCCAUUGUUUACUGCAUUUUCGGUUUAUUCAAAUGCUCCUAAGAUUUUCAAUGUAAAAACAACAAAGAAUCCAAAUGUAAUUCAUUGUUUGGCUGGCAUGAGAUGCAUAUCCAUGAUGUGGGUAGUUUUUGGACAUGGAUACAUGACAUUCUAUGAUCUUCCUCAUCUUGAUAGAAAUAAAUUCUACACUUGGAUUGAAACACCUUACUCAAUGUUGGUACAAAAUGCAACCCUCUGUGUAGAUACAUUCUUCUUUAUGAGUGGUUUAUUGAUGUUAUGGGGUGCCUUCAGAGAAAUGGAAAAGACAAAGGGCAAAUUGAAUCUUCCUUUGAUGUAUUUCCAUCGUUACAUACGUUUAACUCCAGUUGUUGCGGUUGUUAUAUUGUAUAUCAUGAGUUUGUACAAAUACUCUGGACGUGGACCCAUGUGGAUGAAGAUUGGUACACAAGAUCAAAGAUGCUCAGACACUUGGUGGGCAACUCUUCUCUACGUUCAGAAUUAUGUUUUCCCUUAUAAAAUUUGCGUCAGUCAAUCUUGGUAUUUGGCAGUUGAUACUCAAUUGUAUGUGAUUUCACCGCUCUUCUUGAUACCAUUAUGGAAAUGGGGCAAAAAAGCACUUGGUCCAAUAAUUGUCUUUGGUUUAUUGUGCAUGGGAUGUACUUUUGCUACCUUUAUGAAGGAAGGAUUUACACUUUUCCGUGUUCAAGACGACCAUGUUGAUCUCCGACAGAGACUUACUUAUUAUCCUACCCAUACCAGAGUACCAACAUGGCUUAUUGGUGUUAUCUUCGGUUAUUUCUUCUUCAAAUAUAACCGCGGACGUAUUAUUCCAAUGAAGACGUCUCUUGUAAUUUUGGGAUGGACAUUAGCAUUUGGAACAAUGUUAGCUUGUGUUUGGGGACCAUACUGGAGAAUUCUUCCUGGCACUCCUGAUGCACCUAUUCUCGAAGGUGCUCUUUACGAACCAUUGAGUAGGGCUUCAUGGGCUUGUGCUAUUGGUUGGAUUGUAUGGGCCUGUUACAAUGGACAUGGUGGAAUCAUUAAUGACUUUUUGUCUUGGAGUUUCUUCCAAGGAUUUGCUCGUUUGUCAUAUUGUAUGUAUGUCAUUCAUAGAAUCGUUCAGCUUGUUAAUGGUGCCCGUAUACAACACGAUACUAAAUUCGGUGAUUACGAAAUGAUUCUUCGUUUCUGGCAUGAUUUUGGUAUUGCAUUGACUUUAUCAAUUUUUGCUACUUUGGCAUUUGAAGCACCUAUUCUUGGAAUUGAAAAAGCUAUAUUUGGUAAAGGAGCCAGUCCUCCUCCAAAGAAACCAGUAGAGCCUUUAACAUCUGUGCAAGCUGAUCCAGCCAUUACGAUUGUGGAAGGAAAGGAUGUUAAAUCGUAAGGGUGUGGUUAAAUAAGUUCAAUAUAAGUUUAGUACGCAUAGAUAUUUAUUAUUUAUAAAUGUACAUAGAAUUUCAAUUGUAAAAUUAGAAAGUAAUUAGUCGAAUUGGUUUUUAAUCUAUAAUCCUGGUAUUGUUAGGAAAGUACAUAUUCGACUUAUAAAUUUUGAUUCUGUAAAACGUUAAAGAUGGUUAUCAAGCUCCUUAUAGGAGCAAAAUUGUUGCUAGGGUGUGUAUGAUGCAUUCAAAUAUUAUUUCACCAAAAUUAGCUGGUAUGAAAAAAAGUUUGUAGUAGUAUCUUCAAAGUAGAAAAAUUGAAGUUAGAAAAAUUAAUAUUUGAUCAAAUUCUGUUUUUAGUUAAAAAAAAAAAAUUAAGAUUAUUCGAGGAUAUUUUCAUUUGAAAAAAAAAGAGAUAAAAUAACACCAUUUCUUUCCUUUCUUAAGCUUAUUCAAUUAAGCUUUUAAGUAUAGUGAUUUUAGCAAAAUAAAAAUGUUAAAAAAUAUCCAAGAUAUAUUAAUUUUUUGACUAAGAAACUCAAAAUGGCUAACAUGUAUAAAGGUAUUAAUCUUUUUAUUAUUUUCCACAUAUUUUUAAG